AUGAAAGUAGUCCACUUUAAUUUUAGACGUUUCUUUAGCUGCUUUUCCAUUCUUUUCAAUUUUAUUAAGAGAAUUUUAUUCAGAAGCCGACAGAGGAAGUCCAGCCGAUCGGAAGAUGAUGUUUUACCCACUCUCGUGACGGUAGCUUCUGAUCCCCCAGUAAACCAUGAUCAGGUGGGGAAUUUCUCUGUACUCGUUUUACCUGUUAGUGUUCUUUUAUAGUUUACGCCUAUCUGUUGAGAAAAAAAAUUUAUUGAAAUCGCUAAAGCAUGGUAUACUUAGGCAUGUCUCUCUUGUGCUUCAUGUUCAGUCUGGAAAACACAUACCUCGAGCUUAAACCUUUACAAAAUUAUCCAAAAGUUAUUGUUAUUGUUAUAAAAGCUCGGCGUUAGUCCACUUCCUAGAAAUCCAAACAAUACUUAUUUUGAGGGUACAUCUCAGUAAUUUACCACUGCUUAACACCUAAAUCCUGAAAAUUUAAACUAUAUAUGUUUUUAAUUAUAAGGUUUCUGGCUGUAGAUUUUAAAAUGAAGGUUAAUGUUGUCGCUCCAGUGUUAACGUAAACUGAUUACGCAUUUCCUAUACUAUAUUAAAUUAAAACGCAAAGAAAGAUAACACUCCAUAUUAGCAUUAAUUAAAGGGCGAAUACCAUUCUGCUAUCGGCGUGAUGUUCUACUUCCCCAUGUAACAAAAGCGUGACUAGAACCCAACCUAUCUCCCUAGCAGAGUGUACAGCAUUGGAUCGGACCAGUAGGACCAAAAUCUCACCCAACCUACUAAAAGCCUUACUCUCCAUGGCACUAUAUGCUGAAAACCUAUGGCUCAGCAUCGUGCGACCCAAUGGAAUGAGUGUAGGCAGUUCCCAAUUCACUCAAGCCAAUAUUUUAACAGCAAUUUAGGCCGACACCGCCGGCACGUGCUGAAUUGGAAAGGAUUAAACGUUGGCACAUAACGGAGCUAAAGCAAAUCGAAAUUGAAAUAAUGCAAAAAUACGAAGCUUAGCGAAGUCACCGCUAGACUUAACCACCACUGAUACAUGUGAAGCAUGUAUCCCCCCAAUUGAAAAGAUAAACAAGUAUUGACUAAUAUGAGGUAACACACGUCAUACAAGGCAUGGGCAGACAUGAGUUGACAACAGUCAGAAGACAACCUUCCUAAAACUUUAAUCAAGCAAUCUGGUAAGCCUGCAGCAGCAGAAGUAGAGGCAGCAGGGAUAAGGAGGAAGCUUUUCCCUGUUAAGGGAAAUAUGGUGUAAACUGGCCUAACAAUCCCCAGGAGCUCUGACACGUCACGUUCCAUUAACUGCAAUUUACUGUUUCACUGUAAAUCUUUAUUAUAUGUAUGCUUAAUGAGCUAAAAAGUAACAGUGACAGAAUUUCCUUGUUAACAGGGUUUGGAAGGGUAUGUCAUGGAAUCCAGGCUUUGACAAAAAUACAGUUCAGAAUACAGGAAUCAUUAACCAGGGAAAAAGCACAGAUGUGGGAUUGGGAAAGAAAACGAAACUCGGAAUAGUGAUGACAGAAGUUCGGGAUGCGGGAUUUCUUGUGUAAAAGGAGUGGGAAUGUGGGAUCAGGAGCCUCCCUUUCCAGGCCCUUUGUUGAUAUCCAAACAUUUCAGUUGAAAAGUGGCCUCUGUAGUGUAUAAAUCAAUUAAUUGUCACCAUGACUUUUUAGUUCAUGAUAUUACAUCUUAUCAUAUCAAUGUAAAUCAAACCACAGCCUGGCCAUGAAGCAGAUGAAUGGGAAGAUUGGAGUAAAAUGGAGGAAUUCAGCGUGAAGGUUGAACCAGCUGUGUCCUGUAGUCCAGAGCCAACUCCACCUGAUGAUGAAGAUCUAUUUCAGGACAUGGCGCCUGUCUUUCAAAAACCAAAAAAAGUAAGGUUCCUGUNCAAGUAUUGACUAAUAUGAGGUAACACACGUCAUACAAGGCAUGGGCAGACAUGAGUUGACAACAGUCAGAAGACAACCUUCCUAAAACUUUAAUCAAGCAAUCUGGUAAGCCUGCAGCAGCAGAAGUAGAGGCAGCAGGGAUAAGGAGGAAGCUUUUCCCUGUUAAGGGAAAUAUGGUGUAAACUGGCCUAACAAUCCCCAGGAGCUCUGACACGUCACGUUCCAUUAACUGCAAUUUACUGUUUCACUGUAAAUCUUUAUUAUAUGUAUGCUUAAUGAGCUAAAAAGUAACAGUGACAGAAUUUCCUUGUUAACAGGGUUUGGAAGGGUAUGUCAUGGAAUCCAGGCUUUGACAAAAAUACAGUUCAGAAUACAGGAAUCAUUAACCAGGGAAAAAGCACAGAUGUGGGAUUGGGAAAGAAAACGAAACUCGGAAUAGUGAUGACAGAAGUUCGGGAUGCGGGAUUUCUUGUGUAAAAGGAGUGGGAAUGUGGGAUCAGGAGCCUCCCUUUCCAGGCCCUUUGUUGAUAUCCAAACAUUUCAGUUGAAAAGUGGCCUCUGUAGUGUAUAAAUCAAUUAAUUGUCACCAUGACUUUUUAGUUCAUGAUAUUACAUCUUAUCAUAUCAAUGUAAAUCAAACCACAGCCUGGCCAUGAAGCAGAUGAAUGGGAAGAUUGGAGUAAAAUGGAGGAAUUCAGCGUGAAGGUUGAACCAGCUGUGUCCUGUAGUCCAGAGCCAACUCCACCUGAUGAUGAAGAUCUAUUUCAGGACAUGGCGCCUGUCUUUCAAAAACCAAAAAAAGUAAGGUUCCUGUAACUCUAAUAUAAUGUAUCAGUAGUUUUUUAUUGAUUAUGUCAGAGGAUAAGUUGUUUGAACUCUUGCCCAUUGGACAAGUAAGCUUUACAAGCUACUUGCCCAGCAAGAAAUACACUUGUCCCACACCCACACUACUGGGCAGGACUUUUUUCAAGAUCUCUCUUUUUUCGGUGUGAAAUGAUAGUUCUCCAGCCUUCAUGGCAAGACAAUUUUCUUUUUUCUUCAGAUUGUUGUUAAGAAGAAAAAGAGUUUUUCGGAUGAGAGUAGUCAGUUACAAACAGCUGGACCAUCAAACCGUUUGAAAUUUGAUAUCAGCUAUCCCCCAGUGGAGGUAAGAGUUUUCAGAAUUAUAUGAGUAUAUAACUUGGUUUAUGCAGGAGAGUGUGUUUAGAGGUACUUGAGAAAUAAUAAAACAGAAGAAUUUUGAUAAAGUACAGGUAAUGUCAUGUGUUUGUCCAGUUGGGCAGCUGAGAAAAAAAAACUGGAGAGCUUGAUUCCCAGGGUCCCGGUGUGUAGGGUUUCACAUCUUCUCUUCAACCAGAUCUAUAAAGGUCACCUAACCAGUAUACGUCUUUAUGAUAUGGCUGUACCCACGAGUGGGCAGGAUGAAGCAAAUCCUGUCUUGUGAUUGGCUACCCAAGGGGGCAAGAUGGACCCAUCUUGCCGGCCGCUUGGAAUUCCCCUUAUUAGUCCCAGAAGAGAAAGUUGUCUAUGGCUAUAUAGUAAAUCAUUUAUUGACCAAGCUUAUUCGAUCAAGGUGGCUGUGGAUAUUGGCCUCAUUCUUUUUUGUGUUUUUAUGGACCAAGACAGAGUCGAGGUCAAUAAUAUUCAGCGAUCUUGACCUCACCCUUGGUCAAUAACACAUAAGUUUAUGAGGUCUGGAAUGAACAGGCUGAAUCAGGGUCUUUUUUAUUUCCUCAAAUUAGCCUGAGUUAGGAUCAUGGACUGAAGAAUCCAAUACAGCAUGGGACGAGGAAGGUGUAACAGAAAAAGAAAUUGAAUGGCAAACAGAAAAAUUAACAAAGGAGAGGAAGCAAGCAGAGAGGGAACGGCGCGCUUUGGAACAACAAAAACGAAAAGAGGAAAGACAAUCACAUAGAGCAGAUAACAAGAAGCAACAUGGACAUUUGGGAGUCAGACUGUCUACAUAA